UAACGGAACAGAGUUGUUUAAUGUUUACCAUCGUCAGCUUAACUGAACUAUCAGAUCCGAUAGCUUCUUCUGAGCGCCACACCAUUAAACACAGACAAACGUGGAAGCUCUGCGAAAUAACACAAGUAUGUCUCGAGAGCAGAAAGCAGUGGAACGUGCCAGAAAGGCCUUCUUUACUGGCCGAAGCAAAUCUCUGGAGUACCGCAUUUCGCAGCUGAAAAACCUGCAGCGUUUUAUGCAAGAACGACAGAAGGAAAUCGCAGAAGCCCUCAAAAAGGAUCUCAAACGGAGUGAGUUUGGGACUUCUUUAUAUGAGACCCUGGGUGUGGAGAGUGAGAUUAAUCUGGCUUUAAAAAAGCUGAAAGAAUGGGCUGCUCCUCGACCUGUGAACAAGAGCCUAAUGACCAUCUCAGACCAGGUCUACAUCCAACCUGAGCCUCUGGGAGUGGUGCUAAUCAUCGGUGCUUGGAAUUACCCCUGGGCAGUCACCGUCGGGCCCCUCGUAGGAGCCAUAGCUGCAGGUAAUGCAGCAGUGAUCAAACCAUCUGAAGUCAGUGCUCACACUUCCAAAGUAAUGGAGGAGUUUUUACCGCUCUACCUGGACAAAGAGUUGUACCCUGUAGUGACGGGUGGUGUGAAAGAGACGCAGGAGCUCCUCAAGCAGCGUUUUGAUCACAUCUUCUACACUGGAAACGGCAUGGUGGGUAAAAUCAUCAUGGAGGCGGCAGCGAAACACUUAACACCUACCACACUGGAGCUGGGCGGAAAGAGCCCGUGCUACAUCGACAAAGACUGUGACCUCACCAUCGCCUGCAGGCGGAUUGCGUGGGGAAAAUACUCAAACUGUGGACAGACCUGCAUCGCUCCAGACUACAUACUGUGUGAUCCUAGCAUACAGGACAGGGUGAUCGAGGAGAUCAAGAAGAACAUCAAAGAAUUCUACACAGAAAACCCACAGAAAUGUCCAGAUUACGGCCGAAUCAUCAAUCAGCGGCACUUCAAGAGACUGAUGUCACUAAUGGAGGGCAGCAGCAUCGCUGUGAGCGGCGAACACAACGAGGCAGAGUGCUACAUCGCUCCAACAGUGCUGAGAGACGUGAAGCCUGAUGCCAAGGUGAUGCAGGAGGAGAUCUUUGGCCCUCUGCUGCCCAUCGUGACUGUGAACAGUGUAGAUGAAGCCAUCAAAUUCAUCAACCAGAGGGACAAGCCCCUCGCAUUGUACAUCUUUUCUUCAGACAAGAAGUUGAUCGACAGAAUGAUAGCGGAGACAUCUAGUGGUGGACUGAUGGCCAAUGACUGUUUGAUGCACUUCUCUGUCAGCUCUCUGCCUUUUGGUGGAGUUGGUGACAGUGGUAUGGGCCGCUAUCACGGCAAGCAUGGCUUUGAUAACCUGAGCCACAUGCGUGGGGUUCUGCUCAAGCAGCUGAAGAUGGAGGCGGUCAAUAAGAUGCGUUAUCCUCCGCACACUGCAGAUAAACUGGGCUGGGCUCGAUUCUUCAUAGUCAGACAUGUUGACUUCGGCAGCCUAGGCCGCAUGGCGAUGCUGGCUCUGAUGGUGGUGUUUGCUGCAGUCAUCAUACAGAAAUAUUUUACUGACUAAGAAUGUGAAUAAUAUGAAGAAACCUUCCCUUCACCUGAAGCUCUGGUCAGACGGUGGGUGGAUGGGCCUGAAGUGCUGCUUCUCUCCUUUGCCUUAGUUUCAAUAUAAUGUCCGUCAUUCAUUUCAAUCAUUACAACAAUAUCUAGAGCACUUUAAUCAGUGA